GGAGAAUGCGAAAAAGAAAAAGAUAGAAGAACACGCCUUUCUUGCAGUUGCAGGUGCUCUUUUCUCUCGUUUCAUCAUUUUCUAUCCUAUUAUGUGGUCCUUCCUCCUCUCAUUGUGGAGCUGAUAACCUAAUCUCUGCGUGUGAUUGCUUCCGAUGAAGGAAGCCUUCGAUUCACCGACAUUUUAAGGGCAUCGUGGAUUUCUAGGGAUCAAUUAAGCUGAAUGUGGAACGGAAUCUUUGAAUUGGAAGUGAGUGUCAUGUGGAAUUUUUGUGAAUCAGGAAGUUAAUUUGAGGAGGGAGUUUGUCGAUGAAGUGGGAUCAUUAGGUUUUGUCGGUUGGCCACUUGGCCAUCUUAUAACACCUGCUACCUUGCAAUCAAUGCAAGGAGCUGAUGUUCCGGGGUCAUCUGGAGCUCCCGGUUCUGACUGCGAUGAUGAGAGAAAACAUGAAGUCUCUGAUGAGGAAAAGCCACUUAUUCAGGUGGUGGAAUGCCGCAUUUGCCAAGAGGAGGACCACAUUAAGAACCUGGAGAUCCCUUGCGCUUGUAGUGGCAGCUUGAAGAGGCAAUGGCGGUGGCAGUGGCAGUGGUGUCUGGAGGAGGAGGAGGAGGUGGUGGUGUUUGCUCACAGAAAGUGUGUUCAGCUCUGGUGCAAUGAGAAAGGAGAUAUAACUUGUGAGAUCUGCCAUCAGACUUAUCAUCCUGGGUAUAUUGUCCAUCCACUACCUCCUCAGUCUGAAGAUACUCCAAUUGAUCCUACUGAGGCUAUGCACAUUGAUGAAGAUUUGGACAGACCUCUCACAAGCAGAGAGUUUCAUGAAUUUGCAAAUGAAAUCCGAAAUGAUGUUAGGGCAAUGAGGAUCGCUCAAAUGGAUAUGGUGGAGUCUUUUCAACACCUCACCCGAUCCUUCCAAGAGAUGUUCAACCAUAUCUAUUCCUUUGUUCCUCCUCCACCACCUUCUCCAUGAGAAAGAGCUCUCUUAUGGAACUAUGUGAGUUUGUUUCAAUGUAUUUUACUGUUCUUCAGACUUUAUUUCUUCAGGAUGCUUAUCAUGACUGAAUGACGAUGUUUUAGCUAUAAAUCCAUGCUUUUGCCUCA